AUGGCGACCUCCGACACACGAUGGAUGCCCGAAGGACGCCAUCCCGUGAACGUAGGCUCGUCAUUGGGCAGGGCUCUGAAAGCCCGCAAGCUCAAGGGCUCAGAACCUGCUACGGCAAAACGGUCGAAUCUCCCAGAUCGCGACUUCUACUCAUUUCGAUAUAAAUUCAAACCCCCUUCUGUCGACAUGACUAAACCUGGUACAAUAGAGGUUAAGAGGGGGGAAUCCACCAGCGUCACGGUGGAGUAUCCUGGUUCCCAGGCUGGCGAGAAGCAAGUAUUUUUGGGAUCAGAGGCUGCGGCAAAAGAGUGGGAGUGCGUUCUCAUUUACGACGAAGAGACCGGCACAUACACGUUAGAGAAACUAGAUUCGUGCAUGACUCUUACUUAUCAACGGAAAGCGGCAUCGUCCGCGCCUCGUCCGGCACCUGCCGCUGCCCCGUCCCCUGCACCAAAAAAUACUGCACGCGAUACAGUGGAUGAAGAUAUUCUGGGACUCAUCGACGAAGACGCCGAAGGGGAAGCCGACGUGGAACUUGUGCCAAAUGCAAUCGCCCAAAGGCAAGAGGAAGAGGAGGAGGAGGAGGAGGAGGAAGAAAUAGAUAUACCCCCGCGACCGGUGUCACCUCCUAAGCCAAUACCAAAGGUUACACGACCGGUCAAACCGUUACCCAAGUCUCGAGUGGACCUACCACCUACACCUUCACCGGCCCCGGUGCCUCAAGUGAUAAUAAAACCAGCUCCGCCGAAACCACGCCCGAUACCAAAGGUCAAGAAAGCAAAAAAGGAGCCGGAAGUCACUGUGCUUUCGGACGCUGAUGAGGAAGUGCUGCAGUUCGGAAAGCCUGCCAAGCGAGCACGGCCAUCGACGCCCAACCCCCCCGCUAAUCCGGUUUCGUCUGGUCUUGCCCUUCCUGGGUUAUCAUCGUCAUAUAUUGUUCCUCCUAUCCCUCCAGGUCAAGUGGCUUCUGGCUCUUCGACGCGUACGGCAGCCGUGCCAGUUCCUCCUCCUGCUCCCAUAUAUUCUGAUUCGGAGGAAGACUGGGAACCAGUAGAGCCGUCGAACCCACCUGAAGUUACGGGGGAGGCGGAUGAUGUAUUUGGGGAUGACAAUAGGGAAGAGAUUGACGUGAACGAUUUCGAGGAGGAACUCAACCGCCAGAUGGAGGGAAUGGAAGAUGAAGACUUCUUAACCACUGCCUUGUCCGAGGAGCCUGAAGUGCAACCAAUAUCAAUAGAGCAGCUUGUUGGUGGAGCUGGGGCGGAGCUGCCUAGCGACGAUGAUUAUUCUUCCAGCGACAGCGACGACGAUUAG